AUGUCAGGCUGUAUAAGAACAAUUUCAAUUUCGGGAGGCUGCAACCAAACCUUGAAUUCUGCUGCUUUACAAUACCCUCUGCUUGCAUAUGGCUCAGGAACUGAAAUUUUAUUACACAAUCUUGAGAAUGGGACCACAUGCCAAGCACUUUCAGGCCACUCUUCACGUGUAAAUUGCCUCGCCAUGUCAGGAAAUUUUCUAAUCUCUGGCGGAUGCGACAAGAAAAUGAUCAUUUGGGAAAAUUUUGUUAAAAAGCAGGAAAUUUUGGUUAAAGGAGCCGUCAUCAAUAUUACAAUUGGCAAAAAUCAUGCAAUUGCUUUGAGCGCAGAUGGAGAAAUCCUUAGCUUUAAACGAGGCGAAAACCUUACACUUGACCAAGAAAUAAACCUUGGUAUGAACCUCCAAGAAAGCUUAGCGAUUGUUGAUUAUUUUGAUAAAGAAAUUUUGGCAUUAGGAGGAGCUGAUUCAAGAAUCCAUAUAUACACAUAUCAAAACGAAUGGAUCUAUCAAAAUUCACUAGAAGGGCAUGUAAGGACAGUUAGGAGUUUAGACUGGAAAACUGAAAAUAACGACCUUUUGCUUGUCAGUGGAAGCCAGGACUCAUAUAUUAGGAUAUGAAAAUUUUUCAGAGAAGUUCCUCAUAGCCUAUUAGAGUCACAAGGACUAUAUUUAAUAGAAAGUUUACAAAUGUCAGCUAAGCUUGAAGCUGUAGCAUUUGGCCAUACCGGCCCUGUGAGCAGUGUUAAAUGGAUGGGAAAUUCAAUAUUAAGCAGUUCUCACGACUUUACAGUUCAAAUAUGAAAUGAAGACAAGUACAGCGGAUCUUGGAUUACAACAGCUACUUUAGGCCAGAUUGGAGGCAAUAAAAACUUAUUUUUCGGAGCUUUAUGUGAUGAAAGCGCUCAGCAUAUUUUAGCUCAUGGUUACUCUGGAGGAUUUUAUCAUUGGGUCCUCAACUCUGGAGAAUGAAAAAAUAUCCCUGCCCCAACUGGUCAUUUUAACUCGGUAACUGAUAUAGCUCUAGCUUCUGAUUUUGUUAUAACUUCUUCUUCAGAUCAAACAGCUAGGAUCUGGGCUGAGUGGAACGGUAUCUGGAAAGAAUUAUCAAGGCCGAUGAUCCAUGGAUAUGAUUUAAAUUGCAUUUGCUAUUAUGGUAAUUACAUCAUUUCAGGAGGUGAUGAAAAAGUUAUACGCACUCUUGAAACUUCUAGUGUAACUGCAGACAUAUUCUCAAGGGAUGCUGGAAUUAGAUUAUCAGGAAUCAAAAGAGGAGCUGGCCAAGCCUUAGGCCUUGCAACUAAAAGCUCAGAACAGGAGAGCUUUAACAUCGCUCAAAUCCCUGUGACAGAAGAUAUUUUAAACUCUUAUACAUUGUGGCCUGAAAUUGCCAAACUAUAUGGUCAUGGCUAUGAAGUUGCUGUGUUAUGCCCAGCUCAUUUAUCGCCGCUAUUAGCAAGUGCAUCUAAGUCACAGAAUGCUGAGCAUUCAAAUAUAUUAUUAUGAAACUUGGAAUCUAGAACACAAGCAGGCUCUUUAUCUUUCCACACAUUAGGUGUUACAGACUUAGCGUUUUCCCACAAUGACCAAUAUUUCCUUUCAGUCUCCAGAGAUCGAUCGUGAUGCCUUUAUAUUUUUGAGGAAAAUUCGUAUAAAAUCAAGACAAGCCUACAAGCUCAUACAAGAAUCAUUUAUUGUUGCGCUUGGAGUCCAGAUGACACAAACUUCAUUACAGGCUCAAGAGAUAAGAAACUAAAAAUCUGGAACACCAAUGGAGAAUUAAUAGAUACUCUGAGCUUCCCACAACCUGUGACUGCUUGUGUAUAUAUGAGCACUGGCACAAUUGCUGCAGGAUUAGAGGACGGAAAAGUUUUAAUUAUGAACAUCGCAACCAAGACAGAAAUAGGAGCAUUCAGCCAUGGUGCUUAUGUAACAAAGCUAAGAUGGAAUGGCAAGCUGCUAUUUUCUGCAAGUGAAGAUCAUACAGUGAGAGUUCAUACUUUAGAGCUUAAAUAA